AUGGACCUCCGGAUGGUAAUGAUUAUCAUCAUUGGUGGUGGGAUCCUGGCAGCCAUGCUGCUGCUGAUCAGCAUUAUCUUCUGCCUUUACUUCAAAGUGUCCAAGACAAUCAAAUGCGCAGAGGAGUGCGGCAUGAUACCCCUGUCCUGUGUCAGCUCAGCCAGGGUUGCCCAGUCGCGGAUGUUCCCAGCCACCUUCAUCUCCAACGACUCUCCUUACCAGGCCAUCAAGUGCUGUGAUAAGUACAACUCAUAUACCGGAGUGGGCAGAAUGCAACCUUGCCUCUGUACCUCGAAGGAGGGCAUUUGA